UCGCUCCUCUGACCAAGAUUACAUUUUUUAAAUCGAAGAUUCUCAAUUUCGCUCACACCCAACAUUCCUUGAACUGUAUAUAUAUGUUUCUGAUUGUGGGCUACUGUUCUUCAGCGCCUUUCUAUACAAAGUGUUAAGUUCAGGUGAAAAUGGAGAACCCCCAGAAGCCAUGGAAGGUUGAAUAUGCCAAGUCUUCUCGAUCCUCCUGCAAGACCUGCAAAAGUCCCAUUCAGAAGGAGAAUCUCCGCUUCGGCAAGAUGGUUCAGGCCACCCAAUUCGACGGCUUCAUGCCUAUGUGGAAUCAUGCGGCCUGCAUAUUGAAGAAGGCAAAACAGAUUAAAUCAAUUGACGAUGUUGAAGGACUUGAUUCAUUGAGAUGGGAAGAUCAGCAGAAGAUCAGAAAAUAUGUGGAAGACAGUGUAGCUGCAGCUGCAGUUGCUGUUACGCCUGUAGAGAGUGGUAUCGAAGUUUCGCAAACUUCACGUGCUUCUUGCAAGCACUGCAAACAGAAGAUUAUGAAAGGAGAGGUUCGUUUGUCCACUGCCCUAGAUGGUAAAGGGGCCAAGGGCCUGGCUUGGUACCAUGCAAACUGCUACAUGGAACAGUCUCCAUCUACCCAAGUUGAGAAGUUGGCAGGUUGGCAAAACCUCCCACCUUCUGAUCAGGCUGCUGUUAGUGCCUUGGUUAAAAAGCCUUCAUCUGCUGUAAAAAACGAAGAGAAACAGACGACUUCAAAAGCUGGUAAACGUAAAAAAGACACUGUGGAAGACCAGGAUUCUAAAGUUACUAAGGCUGUAGGAGAUGUUUCUGAAAGCAGGUCCAUGAAAAAUGCUAUUGUUUCAGCAGACCCCCAAAACUCAUCUGAUUUAGUGAGUAAACUGGAGGCACAAAGUAAAGGACUAUGGAAGCUAAAAGAUGAUCUGAAAAAGCACGUGACAACUGCAGAGUUGCGGGAAAUGCUUGAAUCUAAUGAUCAAGAUUCAACAGGAUCAGAGCUUGAUUUGCGUGAUCGCUGUGCUGAUGGUAUGAUGUUUGGAGCACUUGCAAAAUGCCCUAUCUGUGCUGGUUCAUUACGUUACUCUGGGGGCAUGUAUCGAUGUCAUGGAUACCAGUCUGCAUGGAGCAAGUGUAGCUACUCUACUUGUGAACCAGAGCGCCUUAAGGGGAAGUGGAAAGUCCCAGAAGAGACUGGCAACCAAUAUCUUAGCAAGUGGUUUAAAUCACAAAAAGGUGCAAAACCUAUUCGAUUAUUGCCACCACCAUCUUCCAGUAGUGCCAAUGGCAAUCAAGCUUCUAAUAGUCAAUCACAAUCAUCAAAGGCUGAAAGCUUGGCUGAGUUAAGAGUUUCCUUCUGUGGAUUAAAAGAUUCCAUGGGAGAAUGGAAAAGAAAAAUCGAGGGUGAAGGUGGAGCUGUUCAUGCCAAGAUAAAGAAAGAUACUAAUUGCUUGGUUGUGAGUGGAGAUGUGGAUGAAUAUAAUACAGAAAUGAAGAAAGCAAGGAGGAUGAAGAUACCUAUAGUUCGGGAAGAGUAUGUGGUAGAUUGCUUUAGAAAACAGAAGAAGCUUCCAUAUGAUAGAUAUAAAGUUGAAGCCACUGGUGAGUCCACCAGCUUGGUCACCGUAAAGGUGAAAGGGCGAAGUGCAGUGCACGAAUCCUCAGGCUUGCAGGAUACAGGUCAUAUUCUUGAAGACAAGAAAAGCAUCUAUAAUACAACUUUAAAUAUGUCAGACCUGUCAACUGGAAUUAAUAGCUAUUAUAUUCUGCAAAUCAUUCAAGAUGAUAAGAGUUCAGACUGCUACAUUUUUCGCAAAUGGGGUCGAGUGGGAAAUGAGAAAAUUGGUGGAGUCAAACUUGAUGAGAUGACAAAAUCAGAUGCAAUACGUGAAUUCAAACGGUUAUUCCUUGAGAAGACAGGGAAUCCGUGGGAAGCCUGGGAACAGAAACUAAACUUUGAAAAGCAGCCUGGCAGAUUCUUCCCACUGGAUAUCGAUUAUGGAGUGAACAAAGAUAUGCCAAAGAAACCGAAGAAUUACUCGACCACUAAACUCGCUCCUCAAUUAGCAGAAUUAAUGAAGAUGCUGUUCAAUGUGGAAACUUACAGGGCUGCUAUGAUGGAGUUUGAGAUAAAUAUGGCAGAGAUGCCGCUUGGAAAAUUAAGCAGAAGUAACAUCCAGAAGGGUUUCGAAGCUUUAACAGAAAUCCAAAACCUGUUAAACAGUAGCAUGCAUGAUCCGUCUAUGAAAGAAAGCUUGAUUAUUGAUGCCAGCAAUCGUUUUUUCACCGUGAUUCCUUCUAUUCAUCCGCACAUUAUAAGGGAUGAGGACGAUUUCAAGUCUAAGUUGAAAAUGCUGGAAGCACUCCAGGAUAUCGAGAUUGCUUCUAGGUUGGUUGGGUUUGAUGAUGACAGUGAUGAAUCUCUUGAUGAUAAGUAUAAGAAGCUGCACUGUGAUAUUGCUCCAUUAUCUCACGAAAGUGAGGAUUAUAAGUUAAUUGAGAAGUAUCUUCUCACCACGCAUGCCCCAACUCAUACGGAUUGGGCUCUGGAGCUUGAAGAAGUAUUUUCACUGGAGAGAGAAGGGGAGUUCGAUAAGUAUGCUCCAUUCCGUCAAAAACUUAAGAACAAAAUGCUGCUGUGGCAUGGUUCACGGCUGACGAAUUUUGUUGGGAUACUUAGCCAGGGGUUGAGAAUAGCUCCUCCAGAAGCUCCAGCAACUGGUUAUAUGUUUGGAAAGGGAAUAUACUUUGCGGAUCUGGUGAGUAAAAGUGCACAGUAUUGCUACACGGACAGGAACAAUCCCGUUGGGUUUAUGAUUUUGAGUGAAGUUGCAUUAGGGGAGGUUUGCGAGCUGAAGAAAGCUGAAUAUAUGGAAAAACCACCUCGAGGAAAACAUUCGACGAAAGGGCUUGGGAAGAAAAUGCCAGCUCCAUCAGAACAUGUGAAGUGGAAGGAUGAUGUGGUGGUUCCUUGUGGGAAACCGGUGGCGUCAAAUGUGAAAGCUUCAGAGUUGAUGUACAAUGAGUACAUUGUGUAUGAUACGGCUCAAGUUAAGAUGCAAUUCUUACUGAAGGUGAGGUUUCAUCACAAGAGGUGAGAAGAAGACAACAUGUAGUUAUUCGAACGGAAGGAAAGUUGUACAGUCUGCAGUUCUGUCAUCAGAUCAGAAACUGCUUCUUUGUUUUUGUUAAUAUGGGAAAAGAAUUGAACUGUUUUGAACUCUCCUUUUUUGUGCAAGUCUUGAAAAGAUCUCAUUUUGAGGAAGCAACCCAGUAAGGAGGGAGAUCUUUUCUUUCUUCCACCCAUGUAAAGUAAAUGUGAUUUGCCUAAAAACAGUGCUUGAAUUGAAAUCUUUUGUGAUUAGACUUGAUAAACAGAUUCAGGACCGAAGUGAUAUAUUCUGAAAGCGUAAUCUAAGGAAAGACAGACUGAUUGAUCUC